GCUGAAAAACUGGACCUUCGUAUUGCCCAUAUCGUACAUGAUUAUCUUCGUUUUCCCUUCUCCUUCAACGUUUCAACUCUGGUCUCCUCUCAUUGACUAUUGCACUUUUCGAUUUCAGCUUCCCUAGUAUUUCACGGUUGAAUAUCUCGGCUGCCGUGACGGGUCUCCAGUGUGACCUGAACCACCCCAUCAAUGCCUUUCGUACCAUGGCACGGAUCACACUCACAGACUGGUCAUCCAUGCCAGAUGGUUGUCGCUACCCCUUAGCGAGAUCGUCUCAUCACCAGUCCUUUGUUCAUGCCCACGAAUGCCUCCCCUGGGCGUGGAUCUUGGCACGAGAAACCCUAUUUAAUGUCGAUUGCACGAUUGUGCCCACUGAUCAGUCUCACCUGCUUGAGGGACAUAUCAGCAUGCUUCAUAUUCUGAACAGUUCUCCAAGCUCUCUCACUUCGGAUCUUGGUCUGCACAAAAUACCGCCUCGCCUUUCCGUUUUGAGCCUGCGCAUGACCUGACGACUGAACUGUCUGCCGCCGCACCAUCGCUACGGCGUCAUCUCCCUUCGUUGAUAUCUUGGCUGAGACAUCUCUGCCUCAGCACGCUACUGAAUGGAUCAUGCGGUGAAACACUUGCAGGCUGAAGAGAAAAUCAUAGCAUUGUCAUCCUUACAUACCGCUCCCACGAACUCCUUCUCUCAACAACAUCCCUUUGCUGCCUCAGACGCAUCAAUGCUCCCAUCACCAGCAUCACUUUUCCAGAGCCGGUCAGUUACGUCUGCAGCAGCGACACCCAAUAGCCAGGUGGUAGUCUCACUGGCGAGUUAUGGAACGUCAGCAGGGAUCCUGCAUGGCGAGCUACUGGGCAUCAUAGCCGCUGUUUUACUGUCUAUUCACGCUAACCCACAAGAACCCUACUCCGUUUUGACAGAUCACAAAAUGCAGUCCACAUGCUACAAGACGUUCUUCCCGGUGCUCUACCCCACA